UGGUGUCCAUCUAGGAGAUGGCUGCUUGAAUGUGUGCCGCUUCUGUCCCCCCAGAGCUCCUGCAGCCCCAUGGCGACCUACCUGGAGUUCAUCCAGCAGAAUGAGGAGCGUGACGGCGUGCGGUUCAGCUGGAACGUGUGGCCCUCCAGCAGGCUGGAGGCCACCAGGAUGGUUGUCCCCCUGGCCUGCCUCCUGACCCCGCUGAAGGAGCGGCUCGACCUGCCUCCCGUGCAGUAUGAACCGGUGCUUUGCAGCAGGCCGACUUGCAAAGCCGUGCUCAACCCCCUCUGCCAGGUUGACUAUCGAGCCAAGCUCUGGGCUUGUAACUUCUGUUUUCAGAGAAAUCAGUUCCCUCCAGCAUAUGCAGGCAUCUCUGAAGUCAAUCAACCAGCAGAGCUUAUGCCUCAGUUUUCAACAAUUGAAUAUAUAGUGCAGCGAGGUCCGCAGACACCGCUGAUCUUCCUGUACGUUGUGGACACAUGCUUGGAAGAGGAGGACUUGCAGGCACUGAAGGAGUCCCUCCAGAUGUCCCUGAGCCUGCUUCCUGCUGAUGCUCUGGUGGGGCUUAUCACUUUUGGGAGAAUGGUCCAGGUUCACGAGCUGAGCUGUGAGGGCAUUUCCAAAAGCUAUGUGUUUAGGGGCACGAAGGACCUGACAGCUAAGCAAAUCCAGGAUAUGCUUGGGCUUUCAAGGCCAGCUGUUCCUGUUCAACAGGGAAGACCUCUUCAAAGUCCAGACCAACCUGUUAUUUCAAGCAGGUUUCUGCAGCCAGUGCAUAAGAUUGACAUGAAUUUAACAGACCUGCUUGGAGAGCUGCAAAGGGACCCGUGGCCAGUGACCCAGGGAAAGAGGCCUUUACGUUCCACUGGGAUAGCUCUUUCGAUUGCUGUUGGCUUACUGGAGGGCACAUUUCCAAACACAGGGGCCAGAAUAAUGCUGUUUACAGGUGGGCCACCCACACAAGGACCAGGCAUGGUAGUAGGAGAUGAGCUGAAAACACCUAUCCGUUCUUGGCACGACAUAGAGAAGGACAACGCCAGGUUCAUGAAGAAGGCUACCAAACACUACGAGACCCUGGCUAAUCGUGCCGCAGCCAACGGGCACUGCGUCGACAUCUACGCCUGCGCCCUCGAUCAGACUGGGCUGCUGGAGAUGAAGUGCUGUGCCAACCUCACUGGAGGACACAUGGUGAUGGGAGACUCCUUCAACACUUCUCUCUUCAAGCAGACCUUCCAGCGGGUAUUUAGCAAAGGCUUCAACGGGGAAUUCCGGAUGGCUUUUGGUGCAAGUUUGGAUGUGAAGACCUCCAGGGAGCUGAAAAUUGCAGGAGCUAUUGGACCCUGCGUAUCCCUGAACACCAAAGGGCCCUGCGUCUCGGAGAACGAGCUUGGAAUUGGAGGAACAUCUCAAUGGAAAAUCUGUAGUCUGGAUCCCAGCACAACUCUGGCCAUUUACUUUGAAGUAGUAAACCAGCACAACGCACCAAUACCUCAGGGAGGCAGAGGGGCAGUGCAGUUUGUCACUCAGUAUCAGCACUCCAGCACGCAGAGACGCGUUCGAGUCACCACCAUAGCCAGAAACUGGGCAGAUGCACAGAGUCAGCUCCAGCACAUAGAAGCCGCGUUUGACCAGGAGGCAGCUGCUGUGCUGAUGGCACGACUGGGAGUGUACAGAGCUGAGUCCGAGGAGGGCCCUGAUGUUCUGCGGUGGUUGGACAGACAGCUGAUCAGACUGUGUCAGAAAUUUGGCCAAUACAACAAAGAUGAUCCCAACUCCUUCAGGUUGUCAGAAUCAUUUUCUUUGUAUCCCCAGUUCAUGUUCCACCUGCGCCGCUCCCCGUUCCUGCAGGUCUUCAAUAACAGCCCAGAUGAAUCUUCUUACUACCGUCACCACUUUGCUAGGCAAGAUCUCACCCAGUCUCUCAUUAUGAUCCAGCCCAUCCUUUAUGCUUAUUCCUUCCAUGGACCUCCUGAGCCAGUGCUUCUGGACAGCAGUAGCAUUCUUCCUGACAGAAUCCUUCUGAUGGAUACUUUCUUCCAGAUAGUUAUCUACCUUGGUGAGACUAUUGCACAGUGGCAGAAAGCUGGUUACCAAGACAUGCCUGAAUAUGAAAACUUCAAGCACCUGCUGCAAGCCCCACUGGAUGAUGCCCAGGAGAUCCUGCAGACGAGGUUCCCAAUGCCCCGUUACAUCCACACGGAGCACGGGGGCAGUCAGGCUCGAUUCCUCCUGUCUAAAGUGAACCCUUCUCAGACCCACAACAACCUCUAUGCAUGGGGGCAGGAAUCAGGAGCUCCCAUCUUGACAGAUGAUGUUAGUCUCCAGGUAUUCAUGGACCAUCUGAAGAAGCUGGCAGUUUCCAGUGCUUCAUGACUUGGAUGGAGUCAAGAACAGAAGCCUUCAUGUGGAUCAUGUUGAUAACACAAGGGGAGCAAACUCUACACAUUUCCUUCUCUCUCUCUUUUUAGACUGAGGCUCUUAAGUAUUAAAUGAAAUAAAUAUUCAGGGAGAGUUUUUUUACUUGGCCCUUCUAGAUAUUAAUUUAUUUGUACUCCUGCUUUUUUUGGCUUGUCUUCUGUUUUCUUUUUCCAUACCUUCUAAUUAAGGCUAAAAGAUGCUUUGAGCCCCAUAGAUUUUUAACAAUCUUUAGCAGGAUUUUUAAUGUUGAAUGUUCUUAAAAUGGUGUCUGUUAGAAACCAGGGCCUGUAUUAAUGAAAAAUAAAACUGGCU